CUUUAUAUCCUCGCCCCUGCCCCCGCCGUGUCUUUCUUCCUCCACAAGAAGAAAAGAAACGCCACCAAAUCCAAUCUCGAGCCCUCCUCUCCCGUCCGCCCGUCCCAACCCGAUCCGAUCUCCCCCCUCCUCCUCCGUCGCCAUGGGCCGCAAGUUCUUCGUCGGCGGCAACUGGAAAUGCAAUGGAACUGUCGAACAGGUAGAGAGCAUCGUCAAUACUCUGAACGCUGGACAGAUCGCCUCUACGGAUGUUGUCGAGGUUGUCGUUAGCCCGCCCUAUGUCUUCCUUCCCACCGUCAAGGGUAAGCUGCGCCCAGAGAUCCAAGUUGCUGCUCAGAACUGCUGGGUGAAGAAGGGCGGUGCUUUCACCGGUGAAGUCAGUGCUGAGAUGCUUGUCAACCUCGGCGUUCCCUGGGUCAUCCUUGGACACUCUGAAAGGAGGAGCUUGAUGGGAGAAUCAAGCGAGUUUGUUGGAGAGAAGGUUGCAUAUGCACUCGCUCAGGGCUUGAAGGUCAUUGCAUGUGUUGGUGAGACUCUUGAGCAGCGAGAAGCUGGAUCAACCAUGGCGGUUGUCGCUGAACAGACAAAAGCAAUUGCUGACAAGAUCAAGGACUGGACCAACGUGGUCGUCGCCUAUGAACCAGUGUGGGCCAUUGGCACCGGUAAAGUUGCAUCACCGGCUCAGGCACAGGAAGUCCAUGCCAAUCUGAGGGACUGGCUCAAGACCAAUGUGAGCCCCGAGGUUGCUGAAUCCACGCGGAUCAUCUAUGGAGGAUCUGUAACUGGCGCAAGCUGCAAGGAGUUGGCCGCGCAGCCCGACGUCGAUGGUUUCCUCGUUGGUGGAGCUUCCUUGAAGCCUGAGUUCAUCGACAUCAUCAACGCCGCCACCGUGAAGUCUGCCUAAGCAAGAUCUCGACGUGGCUCCUCUCGGCGUGGAGUAAGACAGCGAAGAUGAAGAGACUCCUUUUUUUCUCUCCUGUGUUUAUUAUGUGUACUAUGCUAGUAAUUUUGUGGUGGAGCAGCUGCUACUGUGUUUCCUCCCCCUGACUUGAGCUUGCAAGCCAAUAAUGAUAAUGUUUGCUACUGAACAUAUAUCAGCAAUAAUCUUUAGCUCUUGUUGCUGUUUAA